GCCACAAUAUCAAUUUGAUUCUCUUAUAUGCAAUUUUAUUCCAGAGGCAAUAUAUUUAUGUGAUUGAUAGAGACUUUGAUUACGCUGCUAUGCGACAGACGGCAGUUUCAUAACACCGUAAAUUAGGAAUCGCUGUUAAAUACAUUGUGUCAGACACAUUGACACAGGAAGUGGUUUAACGCUUUUGUAUAUGCCGUGAUGAACGCAAACUCAAGGCCUGCCUCUCCUCAAUGUGACCAGAGGGAGAUGAAAAACGGGCAGGCACGCCGUGGAUGCAUCUGACUAAAAUGAUAUUAACCAAAUAGCCUCAUAUCAUGCUGUUUGUAGGAAUCUGCAGACUGCUCUCUGGCACCGUGUCGGUGUCCCGGGCGUUUCCGAGACAUACAGUUAUUCGCCGCAGCAUGGCCUCAGAUUCAGCAACCCGGUUUGAUUUUCUGGUGAUCGGCGGCGGGUCGGGGGGUCUGGCCGGCGCUCGGAGGGCGGCUGAGCUCGGAGCGGCCACCGCAGUGAUCGAGAGUCACAAACUCGGAGGUACCUGCGUCAAUGUUGGCUGUGUCCCUAAGAAGGUUAUGUGGAAUGCAGCGGUUCAUGCUGAGUAUCUCCACGAUCAUGCUGAUUACGGCUUUGAGGCUGGUCAUGCUCAUUUCAGCUGGGAAACUCUAAAAGCUAAAAGGGAUGCCUAUAUCAGUCGGCUGAAUCACAUUUAUCGCAGCAACCUUGACAAGGCUAAAAUAGAAACCAUUCAAGGUCUUGCCAGAUUCACAGAUGACCCUGAGCCCACAGUGGAGGUCAAUGGCAGGAAGUACACAGCGCCUCACAUCCUCAUUGCCACCGGAGGGCGCCCUUCUGUCUUGAGUGACAAUGAAGUUCCAGGGGCAAGUCUGGGCAUCACCAGUGAUGGCUUUUUUGAACUUGAAAGCCUUCCAAGGCGUAGUGUCAUUGUGGGUGCUGGGUAUAUUGCAGUGGAGAUGGCAGGCAUCCUUUCCACCCUGGGAUCCAAAACAUCCCUCAUAAUGCGACAGAAUGGAGUGUUGAGGAACUUUGACAACUUGAUAAGCACAAACUGCACCAAAGAACUGCAAAACUCUGGGAUAGACUUGUGGAAGAACUCUCAGGUGAAGUCGGUGCGUAAAACAGACACGGGUCUUGAGGUGACGAUCGUCACCAAAGACCCAGAGAAGAAGAAUGAGGAGGAGAAGCUCAGUACCAUCCAGGAAGUGGACUGUCUCUUUUGGGCCAUCGGCAGAGUACCCAACACUUCUGGACUGAACCUCAGCCAAAUAGGUGUUGACACAGAUGAGAGAGGCCAUAUUAUAGUGGAUGAGUUCCAGAAUACCAGCCGCCAAGGGGUCUACGCAGUAGGGGAUGUUUGUGGCAAAGCCCUUCUCACACCUGUUGCCAUUGCUGCAGGCAGAAAGCUGGCACACAGACUGUUUGAGGGCAAGAAGGACUCCAAGGUGGACUACUCCAACAUUCCCACAGUGGUGUUCAGCCACCCACCCAUCGGUACGGUGGGCCUCACGGAAGAGGAGGCGGUUAAAACCAGAGGAAAGGAGAGCGUGAAGACUUACAAGACCUCCUUCACUCCAAUGUAUCAUGCCAUCACAACCAGGAAGACUGAGUGCAUCAUGAAGCUGGUGUGUGUGGGCAAGGAGGAGAAGGUGGUUGGCUUGCAUAUGCAGGGUGUGGGCUGUGAUGAGAUGCUGCAGGGCUUCGCUGUGGCCAUAAACAUGGGAGCUACCAAAGCCGAUUUUGACAAGACUAUUGCCAUUCACCCCACCUCGUCUGAAGAGUUUGUGACGAUGCGUUAAUGCAAACGCCAGACUUCCCCUCGCUUCCCUAUAUCACCAGCAACUACAAUCAGCAUACCAGGGCAGAGUCACAGCUCCACAAUAGUCUCGCAACAGCUUGAUGACUUUCUUUACAAGACUAUCUUUAUACUUCCAUUUUCUUUAAGUGACCUUAUCUGUGCACAGCGUUUCAUUAUUUUUUCAUGAUCUAAUUUCACCUAGAUGGACCAAGACCAAGUUAUGGCCCUCUUCAACUGUACUGUGGGUCUUAUAAGCAGUGGGUAUUGAUUAAAUAUGCAACAUUUCUUUUUAAUGAUUGUGAAAUGGAAGUGAUGGAUCUACAGGUAUUGUUGUCAAGUGAUUGCAUGGGAAAGACAUGGGAAAGAUCUCUCUCCUAGUGUAUGUGUAUGAUUUGUUGAUUGCCAGAUGAGCAUGGCACACUGCUGCUGCUGCCCGGAUUUACUCCCAAUGCGAGGUCACAAUAUAUUUACUGUACUGUUAUACAGAUUCAAUAAUAAACCUGCAGUUUUUCUUAA